CGGUCAAGAUGAAAUGAAGACCGCUAAAAUAAAUGAUGCAGUAGCUGUAGCACCAGUCUCCACGGUUCUCUUCGCGUCCUAUGACGACAGCAAUUUUCGCCCCUUCAUUCGAAGAUGUUACGCCCCGCUCCUGACCCUGCCGGUUGUGAAGCUGUUGGUCUGCGUUGUUUUCUUCGGGUACUGCGGCUUUAGCAUCUACUGCAUCACAAACGUAACCAAGGACUUUGACUUGAAGGAACUCUGUCUAUCCAAGAAAAAAAGAUUGUAGGUGUAACUUUCUUGGAGGAACACCAUGACAAAUCCGUCUGACAUGAGAGCAAAAAUCUGUCAUGCGCAGAUAGUACGGAAAAACGCCAUUGAACGGACCCUCCAAUGCAUGCCCAGCAUGACAGACGCAGUCAUCUUACAUGUUGCGCAUCACAAAUUUACACUAGCAACGUUUUUUUCUUGGAUACUGUCCCGACGAGAGUUACUACCGCGACAUGCUAGAGAUCACCGACCAGAUGUACGAAAUGAGCGGGAAGG